AUGCAGUGUGUUUUAGCAAUUCUUUUAUUGACGGUGUGGAGUUCAAGUCAUAGAAAUCGUUUAGUCAUAACGAGUAUUAAUUCGAAACGCCCUUACUAUGGUAACUUUUCACCUCAUGAUCGAGACUUAUUCCCAGUACCCAAAAGAGACUCAAAUGUAUACAUGACAGAUAACGAGAUGGAAAGUAAAGGCACAUAUUUUAGAGCUUACUGCUCAGAUACCCUUACUGAACAUGAAAUAAUUCAGGAAAUUAGUCCAGACUUGGUUAAAGUAGGAACUCAAAAAAACAUUUUAUUACCCCGAGUUGAUGAGAAGCUUUUUUAUUGCCAUAACGCUAUAGAUGAAUUGUGGCAUGAAUCGAAAGGUUCUCAGAUCAAUUUAUCCCAAGUCGUAGAUCGCGAGGAAUGUCCGAAAGGUGCCAUAGUCAGUUUGGCUUUUUGGGGACAUUGCAGCUUCUAUGGAUCCUACAGCAACAUUUUCCCCAAAGCUGUAGUUAAAGACAUUCACAUCAAUGCCGACGUUGCGCUACGUAUCCAUGAUGAAGUCCAUGACGGCAAAUUCUAUGUAGGAAUGACUACGUUACCCGGUAAACAAUUUCUUGCAUGGUAUCAAGGGAAUCUUCAUGUCUUUUUAAGAACAAGAGAAAAUGCGUGGUACCUUCUCACCGAUACCAACGGAAGGCCCGAAAAUGGCAUUUUAAUCAGCAAGCUUGCAUGGCUCACUAACGGCCCGUUCCUGCCCCUACACCAAUUCUUAGCGGAUCGGACAUCUGAGCCGGCAAAAGAAUCACGUCGAAAGCGUUGUUAUAAGAUUAUCACUUGCAAAUAUGAAUCUUCCAAAAGCAAGCUACGUCGCCAAAUGGCUGAAAUUAAAUUGGAAAAGUUGGAAGUAAUAAAUGCUAAGGGUUAUGUCGGUAGCUCGCCGCGACCUGAAUAUAUUAAUUCGUGGAUGCGAGAGAUUAUACCACCCCGCGUUCAGCACAAUGAUGGAAGAUCGCUACGAUCAAAGAACACUGAUUUAUGGAUCAAAGAAAUAUAUGCAUCACCUAAUCCAUCGGCUGAGAGUAGUAGCCCCCAAUAA